AUGCCGAUUCGCAGUCAGUGGAGUCUUGCUCGUGAAGGCGUAACCGGCGACACCCUCACCCGCCUCAUCUCCCUCACAGCCCUCAACCCCGCCCUCACACUCCCCCUCCUCCUCCUCGCCCGCUAUACCACCACAGGCGAGCUCUUUGCGCGCGACCACGGCACCGCACUACGGCAUCUCAAGACGCUCGUGGGACUGGGCGUGGUGCACCGGCUCAACAGCUGGCUCAACAACACGGUGGUGAAUAACUUCUCACGCGACGUGUAUGAUUGGGACAAGGAGGUUGUAGUCGUGACGGGGGGAAGCGAUGGGAUUGGGAAGAUUGUGGUGGGCUUGUUGGCGGAGAGGGGGGUCAAGGUUGCGGUUGUGGAUGUGCAGGAGCCUACUUAUGAGGUUCAACCAUCAGUAACCUAUUUCCCCUGCGACCUCACCUCCCCAUCCUCCAUCACCGCCGCCGCAACCGCAAUCACCACCGCCCUAGGCCCCCCCACCAUCCUCAUCAACAACGCCGGCGUGGCACGAGGCAAAGACAUCCUCUCAACCACCGAAGCCGACAUCAACCUAACCUUCAAAGUAAACACCUUCUCGCACUACCACCUCGCCCAGGCCUUUCUACCACACAUGAUCCAAACCAACCACGGCAUGGUCGUCACCGUCGCCAGUCUGGCGGGCUACAUCACAGCGCCCAAGAUGGUCGACUAUGCGGCCAGCAAGGCGGCCGCGAUUUCCUUUCACGAGGGACUGACGGCCGAGCUCGUGGCGCUGUACAAGGCGCCGCGGGUGCGCACCGUGCUCAUGUGUCAGGGGUAUACGCGCACGAAGCUGUUUGAGGGGUUUGGCGGCAAGGUUUUGUAUCCGGAGACGGUGGCCGAGGAGAUUGUGAAGGCGGUGUUUGCGGGUAAGAGUCGGGUUGUGGUGUUGCCGGAGACGGCGUGGGCACUUGCGCCGCGGUUGAGGGGUUGGCCGGUUUGGUGUCAGACGCUGGUGCGGCGGAAUUUGGAUCUGAUGAAGGAGUGGAGGGGGAGGCAGGUUGUGCAGCCUAGUUUGGGGGCCGAGGGUGGGAAGAGGGAGGAAGUGGAGGACAGUACGGUGUUGGUGGAUGGGGAGUAG